GACGCACGCACGCAAACAGGCGACGCAUCAAAGGAUUUGUCAUAUGUUUAGGUUAUUUUUGCACAUGCUGGAGAAGAGGGGAACGAAAAAGUGAUUGUCUGACUCAAAGCCGACGCACAUAUUGUUCAUGUUAAUAUACAGAUAGUUUAUUAUGCGGGGACGACCAGACAAGCAGAUAACUAGCUAGCUGGAGGUUUACAGAGUUAGCAUGUUUACUAGCUGAUAGCGUUAGCCCCGGCAGUGCAGAAACGAUGGAUGCGUUGAGUGCAGUCGCGGAUGAAGUGACUUUGGAGGGACUGGACGGGAUAACUAUACCUUCUUUGUGGGUUCGGUUAGUGGCGAGACAGCCCACGUUUCCCUUCAAGUUGGACGACUGCUCCAAGGAGUUCAUCUGGAAGUCACUAAUCCACAACACCGACUUGACUUUUUAUGAGCUCCCGGAGGAGAGGGAAGAUGUUCUGCCGACCGACAGGUUUGCACACGUCGAUCCAGACACAGGCAUUGAAACAAUGGAGGAAAGUUUUGAAUUAAAGAAAGACAUUUACCCCAUCCACAUUAUUCAAGAAAACAAGAAUGGGAUACAGGGCUCAUGUUGUCACUUUAAUGAGAGGACGGAAAUCACAAAGCAUCUCCGCUCCAAGUCUCUAACACCGUUGAUUAAUUUGGAGGAGACUCUGCAAAGAUACGGCCGCAAGCUUGUUGUGGUGGCGUCUCAAAAUCUGCGAUUCCGUACGCUGAUUGGAAACGAGGGCGAUCCUGAUUUGAAACUUACCGAUGAUUCUUACUGUUUGUUGGAAAGAGUGGGGCGGGCACGCUGGCAAGGGGCGCUGCAGAGUGAACUGCAUGGAAACUCUUUCAAGACCGACGCUCGAAAGUUGCACUACAUGAGAAAGUCUCUCGUCAAACAUGGACUGGUCAGCAUGCAGUCUCAUGUCAGACGAUUAAAGACGGGACAACAGCAACACUCCAUACUUCUGCUCCUUAAUCGCUUCCAUGUUAACAGGAGGAGUAAGUAUAACAUACUCAUGGAGCAAGUGUCCAACCUCCUCCAGCAGGUACCUGGUCAGUGUGCAUCAUUGAACUCAGUCAAACAACAGCUUAAUGUGAAUGAAGGCACGAGUAAGCGUGUAUUUCAGUACAUGCGAACUGCAAAGUUGGUUGAGUUUUGCCAGUUACCUGUGGAGGAAUUUGAUCCUACCGCCAAGCGCUUCCUCAGCAAAAAUGGGAAUAAAUUGCUUGUGCGCGUUGUUAGACUGUUGAAGCCAUACUCAAAGAAAGGUGUCCCUGAUGAUGAUGACGAUGAUGACGAGGAAGAGGAAGACUACAGUGGAAGAAGGAAUAAAGCUUUUCCUCCUGAGGGGCGAAUCAUGGAGAAGGAUAUUCUGUCACAGGCUUAUCACAUUGUAUCAUCCUGUGGCACAAAGGGAACCCCCCAGUCUGAGAUCGCAUACAGACUGAAUGUUGGUAAACUGGAAUCACGUAUGCUCUGCCGAAGACUUGAGAGGGAAGGUUUAAUUAAGGGAUUCAUGGUGGAUGUGGGUCGGCAGAGGACUAUAAACUAUAUCACCCAUAAGUGCGUUGGUGCAAGCAAUCAGCUCCAGCUUUUUGCAAAAGAACAGGAACGCAAGGAACUCCUGUAUUCCUCUGCCCCACAGACAUCAGAUAAAGCACAAGUUGCCCCUAAAAUACCACCACGAGCAAAGUCAACAGAGAAAGGAAAAAACAAAUGUCCUGCAGUGCAGAAAAUUGAGAAUGCAGGUGAAGGAGACAAAGAUUCUGAAGAGGCUGGGCUGUCCCUUGACAUUGGAGCAGUGGAGGUGGGAGAUGAAGAGUUGAAUCAAGGCAAAGAUAAAGCAGGAAGAAAAUCGGGAGCCACAAGGAAGUCAACAGUGAAAACGGUUGUGACAGUGAAGGAGGCACAACCUGACACACCAGAAAUACAACUGCCACCAGAUGAAAGUGAAUCCCCAGCAUGCAGCCAAUCCAAGACCAGUAUGACACCUGAUGCUCCCAGAGCUGAUCAAGCUGGAACAGCAGAAGAUCAAUCUAAGUUGACCACUGCAAGCUCUGCAUCUCAGACUGUUACAGCAGCUGAAAUACCUCCUGUAAUUCAUGUUGUGGUUGUUGAAGAUGGUGAAGAGGAUUGUCAGCAGAAGGCAACACGUCGAUCAAAAUCCAAAAAUCCUGCGCCAAGGUCUCAUGAGACAUACCGUCUGUUGAAGAGGAAGAACCUGAUCGUUGAGGCUGUCCGCAGCUUAAAAGUCAUAGAGGGUCUUUUCCCACUACAGAAGAUGAUCAAUGAGGAGGAAAAGCAGGAUGGAAUCAGCUCAAAGUGUUGCAAGAAAACAAUUUUACGUCUUGUUCACAGUCUGUCUAGAGAAGGCUUGCUUAAGAUUUUCAAGACCACUGUCAUACAGGAUGGGAUUACUAAAAAGGUUGAGAUGAUUGUCCAUCCAUCUAUUCAGCCCAGUGAUGACAUCUUGCAACGACUUAUUGAGCAGGUCCGCUUCAAGAUCUCCAGCUCUUACACAGCAGGACGGCUGCAACAAGCUGAAGAAAAGAGCAGACAAGAAAAGAGAGAAUACAAGGAGUUGAUGGGGCAACCUUUUAAAGCCCAAAAGAGCGAGGCAAACAAGAAUAAAAAAGAUAGUGACAACUUCAAGCCCACUACAGUUAAAGGCCAGGGUAAGAGCUUUGGCUUCCAGCCUAAGAUGCAUCGUCUACGAGUCAUUCACACUUUCCUCUGGUACUUGAUCUACGGACAUCCACAGAGACACGGCUGCACUGUCUCAACCACUGAAACACUGGCAAACCUACACAGCCCUGUAACUACAGCCCCAAACCCAGACGGCCAUGAAAAUCAGGACCUAAAAGACACACAAGAUGGACAAACUCAGACAGAUUCCACUGAGUCUAAAAUGGACCUGACAGCAGGAGAUGAAGAGGAGGACAAGAGUAAGGAAGCAACACCUGGUCACUCUCAGUCUGUCAUGAAAGUGUAUGCUGAUGAUGAGUCCUGGAAGAAAUUCAUUCCUCCUGUGCGUGUACGUAAAGGGUUUAGCUCGGGCUGGGCAAUGGUGGGCGACCUACUUCUCUGUCUGCCUUUAUCCAUCUUCAUUCAGGUCAUACGGAUCAACUAUAAGGUGGACGGACUGGAGGAAUAUCUCAAUGACCCUGAGAAGCAACAUUAUCUUGUUAGAGCCCUGCCCGCCAAAAUGAGAAGACAGCUGCUUUACAAACGGAAAUACCUGUUCUCAUUUCACGAGAACCUGCAGAGGUUGAUCUACAUGGGUCUGCUGCAGUUUGGUCCUGUGGAAAAGUUCCAGGAGAAAGACCAGGUGUUUUUGUACCUGAGACGAAACGCCACCAUUGUAGACACCACCAACGCCGAGCCUCACUACUGGCUGGUCACAGAGUCACCUGACAAACCAUUUGAGAGGCGCAAGUACACCUUCAACACUGCUGAGGAUGUGGAAAACUACUGGUUUGACCUGAUGUGUGUCUGCCUCAACACACCACUGGGGGUUAUCCGGAGCAAGAGAAAUGUCACAGAGCAUGACACUGCUCCUUCUUUUGUGCAUGAUCGCAACGUGUUUGUUGGAUUGUCAUACAUGCUAAAAGGCAGUUCUGAGGUUUGCGAUGAAGGGACGAUACCAGGAGAUGGUAAAGGAGCAGGAGGUUUGGAUUCUGAGUUUUUUGGUCACUUGAAACGAAACUGGUUGUGGACCAAUCAUCUUCUUGUUGUCAAAGAGAAAACAGCUGCUUUUGAAGAGAAGGAGCACAGCAUCAGACUAAAGAGCCUGUUGAGUAAAAAUGCUCUCAGGUUUGCUUUUACAGCCGGAGGAACUACUUCACCUCGUUAUUUAACACCCAAGCAACCAUUGGUGGCAGAAAAAGUUGAGGUGGGGAUAGAGCCUUCUACCAGAAACAAGAAGGUGGUCGGUGGGAAGGGACAGAAGAGGAAGAGGACCAAAAAGGAGGUUGUCAAGGUCCCACGCAAGAAGAAAGAGCCCAAGAAACGCACACCAGCCCACGAUGAGGUGGACCACCAAGCUUUGAAGAUGAUGACCCGACAUCGAGUCUAUUGGUCUGUACAGGAAGACUCACUGAUGAUGCUGUGCAGUGUGGCCUCACAGCUACUAAACAGCAAGUUAAAGAGGCCGUUUGUACCUUACUGUUUUGUGAGAGACCUGCUCCACGCAGAGUUUGAGAUAUCAGCGGAUAAAACAUCUGUUGCUGUUGGUCGUCGCACACGUUACAUCCUCAAGAAUCCUCAGACGCUUCUGAACUUCAGGAUCUGUCUGGCGGAGGUUUACCAGGACAAAGCUCUCAUGAGACAGUUGGAGGAGGAGAAACCUUGUGAUCCUAACAACCUUGAGGAUUGUGCUAAAGCCUUCUCGGAGUACACAAAGCUCCUCAGACAGAAGUUUAGCUCUGUCAUGUGCAGUCAUGAUAUGAUUAUCCCUGACACAAAACUGGAACUUUUCUCACGGUUCAAGGUCUCUGCAAUAGAGAGUAGAAAGCUGGUGUUGGGCAAAGAUUUUCUCAACUGCACUGAUGACAUUCACACCAUUGUGUUACAUAACUUGAUCCAGAGCACUCUGGCCAUGACCAACAGUCAGAUGAAGUCAUCCAGAUCCUUUCAGACCUUUCACAUGUACAGUAAAUACAACCAGGAUCUGUUGUGCCAAGUGUUCAUACAGUGCCGAAAGAGAGGUCUAGUCAACCGGCGUCGCAUCAAUCAGCCAUUUGGCCCAAAGAAGAACCGAGGGCUGCCCAUCCUUCCCAUGUCCUACCAGAUGUCUCAGUCCUACUACAGGUGUUUUUCUUGGCGUUUUCCACACACGCUGUGCUCCGAUUCCUUCCGCUUUUUGAGGACUCUGAUUAACAACGGGCAAGGAGACAACAGACCUGUCACUGUGUUUAGCCAUGAAACUGAAAGCAGGUCAGACAAUGGGGAGGAAGUGUUGGAGAAACAAAAAGGGUCAAACAGUAAAAUGAAGCAAAGUGGAGGAGAGGCCAGUGGCACAUCGGUGAGUCACCUGGACAUAAAACCUAAGGAGGUAAACACAGAGUCAGCAAAGGAUGGAGAGAAUGACCAGCUGAUGGAGGUUGACUUGAACAGUGAGGCGAAAACGGAUGAACAGAAAAAACAAAACUUCAAACACGUUACCAUCAGCUCUGGUGAAGAUCCAGUGAGCACAGAGCAGACACGCGAUCAUCUCCCCAAAGAAGGACCAUCAGAAGUGGACGCAGCUUCAAACACAGCAGCUCCAGUUUCUGAGGAUCCUCAAGAUGCAUCUGACCUGUUGAGACUCUCUCUGGACUCUCCAGGUGGAACCUGUGCGGUGUUUCUCAGCCUAAUGACUCUGGGACUGCUGAACGUGCACGUGUCUGUACCGAAACAGAUGGUGUUGGUGGACAGCAGCCUGAUGGACAGCAACCUGGUGGACAACGAUAAGAGUGUGGCAUUGGAAGAUGAUGACGAUGAUGAAGAGGAUGGUGAGGAGUGUGAGGGAGGAAAGAAGCUGAAAGUAAAGGCACAUCAAGCCUCACACACCAAGUACUUGAUGAUGCAAGGUUUCUGCCGUCCUGGAAUAGUCAGAAUACGUAACCUCAACACCAGUGAUAACAUUGUUUUGGAGUCAUGUAUUAUCAAAAUGCAGCUGCGCAACACUCCUUCUCACCACAUGUUCACUAUGGAGAACUCUCCACCACUGGACUUGAAUAAAUGUGGUCCCUCCCUGCUGCCCUCCUUCCUCACCAGCUCCAUCUGUGUCUCCUCCUCUUCACACAGCAUAGAGGAGUGUAACAGCCGUUUGAUUGAGCAAAGAGGAUACACUCCUCAGGACAUUGAAGCAUGUGCUCAGAUCAGGAGGAGCUUAGAUGAAGCUGGUGAGAAUGGCUUGUACACGCGUGACCUCUACCAGACUUAUGCUCACCUGGUUGAGCCUCAGUCUGGACGCACCAGGAGCCUGCAGAUGUACAUGAAGGACUUUCAAGAAGAAGGCCAAGUGUUAAAAGUUGGGGCGAUGGGAGUCCAUUAUGUGCUCAUACAGCACGCUGAGCCAUGGCUGCUGACUAUUAACUCCAAGCAAUGGUCCCAGACACGCUCAUCAAACAGACUCCCAUUUUUCAAGAAGAGACGCAGACAGGGAAACCGACAGGAGACAGAGGAACCACCAGCCAAAAAAGCUGCCACGGAGGAGAAAGAAGAGCAGGACGCAGGAGAGAAGUCAAAAGACACAACAAGAGAGGAAAUGAACGACGAAGAAACACAGAUGGAAAAUGGGCAGGAGAGGACAGAUGAAGACGGUGGAGAGAGACAAGGUAGUUUGAAAGAAGAUGGAGAAAAGCAGACAAGGCAAGAACAUGUUAAGAUGGGAGAGGAGGAGGCAGGAGAGGAGAAGGUGGGAGAGGGGGAGAAGGAAGGAGACGCGAAGGCGGGAGAGGAGAAGGCAGGAGACGCGAAGGCGGGAGAGGAGAUGGAAGAGGUGGAGGAGGAAGAGAGACAGGAAGAGAAGAGACAAUUGAGAUCUAGAGAAAACAGGAGAAACAAUGAAGGAGUUGAGGAUGCUCAUUCUCCCCCGACAGGAAUAUCUGAUGUUGAAGAAAAUAUGAGUUUCAUUAGUCGGCCGUGGCGUAUGGUGGACGGGAAGUUGAACCGCCUGGUGUGUAAGGGCAUGCUGGAGGCCCUUCUUUACCACAUCAUGUCCCGACCUGGACUCACACAGCAGUCGCUGGUGGAACAUUACAAAGAUGUGCUGCAGCCAAUGGCGGUUUUGGAACUUGUGCAGGCACUGAUAGAGAUGGGCUGCGUAAACGAAAGAACUUUGGUCAAAUGUCCAAAACCUUCACUGUUCUCUCGCUCUGUGCAUCAGGCCAGAGCAGAGAUGACGGAGAAGAAGAUUGAGGCUCCAGACACUGUGUUUUAUGAGCCCUCCGUCAGCUGCUGCCUGCAGCUCUGUCGGGUCUUACCCAACGAACGUUUCUGGAACGACUCUCUACCAUGAAAGCAUUCGUCUGACCUGACUGGACCGGGAUUCAUAUCAUGAAGGUAAUAAGGCUUUUGAAGGUCAGGCCUCAAGAAGUUGAGUUGAGACAUUUUUAGCAAAAAUCAAGACUGUUUCUGAUGCUUUAAUAAUGAAUAAUCAAAUGUAAUAUCAUCAUUUCUGGUUUUACAGAAGGGAGGUUUCUUUGUGGUUGUUUUUUUUAAUACUAAAAUCAAAUUAAUUUUCUUUGUC